GUUGAGUCACAUGGCGCCUGCGCUGCAGUACCGGCUGCCUGCUCGGGCAGAACUUUUUCGCCGUCUCCCUCCCCCGCCCCCCCAAACCAUCCUCAUCUUCUCUCCGUUGCCCAGAAGGGCGAGAGCGACAGCUUGGAGGAGGAGACGAAAGGGGGCUCCCUGACACCUGCGAGGUGUUGUGGGUUGUUUUUUUUUUGCAAAAAGAGAGAGAUCUGUGCAUUGCAGAGGAGGGGGCAAAAGAUCUGCAAGCCCCACUGCAAAUCGUUUGGUGUGUGGCUGUGCGGAAGGGAUUGCGUUGGGGGGGGGAGCGACGUUUGAACUAGUGGGAAAGAGUCUGACUCUUCAAACUCAGCAGCGCGGCGAACCUGGCAGGGAUGGGACUUCAGUCUCCACCUGUCUGAUUUUUUGUUUUUAAGACUUUGCUCUCAGGAGCACUGAAAACUCACAAUCGGCGCCCGACACAGUUAUGAAGAGAUUUCCCCUCCUACCUUUUCACAGGUCGGCCUUCACCAUGGUCAGUCUGCCCGUUCUUCUCUUGCUCCUGUGGACUGUAAAAGGUGUUAUCUCUGCCAGCUCUCACUGGAAGCCAACCUGGCCAGCUUACAAGCUCCCAGUUGUAGUGCCACAAUCAACCAUUCAUUUGGACAAGCCCCAGUUUGAUGCUGAAGCCAAACUGGAAGUGGUAUCGCCUUGUGGGCCAUCUUGCCACAAGCGUUCCCCUCUCCCGACGUACGAAGAAGUGAAAGACUACUUGUCUUAUGAGACUUUGUACUCUAACGGUUCCCGAACCGAGACAGAAGUCGGCAUCUAUAUUGUUGCCAGCGGAAGCUCAGGGGCACAGAGCAGAUCUCGGACAAAGAGGCAAAUCUAUGGAUACGACACGAGAUUUAGUAUUUUUGGCAAGGAUUUCUUGCUGAACUACCCCUUCUCCACUUCCGUGAAGUUGUCCACCGGCUGCACCGGAACGUUGGUGUCCAAGAAGAACGUCCUCACGGCAGCUCACUGUAUACAUGAUGGCAAAAGUUAUGUCAAGGGAGCCAAGAAACUACGUGUCGGGUUCCUUAGGCCGAAGCUAAAAGAUGGCAGCAAGGGAGUAAAUAUCAGCAGCUCCAACGAGCCGGGAAAAAUGAAAUUCCAGUGGAUCCGAGUUAAACGGACUCACGUCCCCAAAGGAUGGAUAAAAGGGAACGCUAAUGAUAUUGGCAUGGAUUAUGACUAUGCCCUCUUGGAGCUCAAGAAACCUCACAAACGAAAGUUCAUGAAAAUUGGCGUGAGCCCAGCUGCAAGGCAGCUGCCUGGAGGGAGGAUUCAUUUCUCAGGCUACGACAACGAUCGGCCCGGAAACUUGGUUUACCGCUUCUGCGACGUCAAAGACGAAACGUACGACCUCUUGUAUCAGCAGUGCGAUGCCCAGCCAGGGGCCAGCGGCUCUGGAGUUUAUGUCCGGAUGUGGAAGAGGCAGAACCACAAAUGGGAACGUAAAAUUAUUGGGAUAUUUUCUGGACACCAGUGGGUAGACACGAACGGCUCCCCCCAGGAUUUCAACGUGGCUGUUCGCAUCACCCCCCUCAAAUAUGCACAGAUUUGUUACUGGAUCACAGGCAACUAUCAACACUGUAGGGAAGGGUAAAGAGAAUGACCAUCCUUUGCUUAAUUGCUUAUUUCAGGCAGAGUGGGGUGGGGAAAAGGGGGAAGCCAAGCUCUUCUUUCUUGCCAGUGUGCACACUUCUGUUUUUAUAAAUACCUGGAUGCAGGGAUUAAAAGGGAAGCCUGUCUUGUUUGUGAAGAUAAUUUGCAUUGCAUAAGAAGCACACCUAGCCUGGUCCUAGAUACUGGGGAGUCCUGGAAUGCACAUCUAGCCUUGCCCUUAUCCCACAACUUACCUUCUUCUGUGGCUUCCCAGUGCACAUGCCACAGCACAGCUUCCUUCCUUUUGCCUGUCUUCCAUCGUAGGGCAUGUCAGCACUGGAACACAUGGGGAGGGCUGGAGCUGGUCCAAAGGGUCUGCAUCUGACCUUUUCAACCCGCUGCUUCAGGGGUGGACCAGCACCCGACAGUGCACACUGCUGAUUGGCUGGCCCUCAUAUCAAGUCAGGAAGCACAGCGUUGGUGGGGUCUGAACCAUAGCAGGGAUGAUGGCCGAUUAAAAUCUGAAGCAAGGGGCGAGUAAGGACAAGUGUAGCCAUGGGCUUUGGUAUUUUGUUUGUUGCUUUUGCCCUGCUGUUGAUGCUUUCAGUGGCAAAAAUGCAAGCCAAGAAAACCCCUCAACUCCUCUAUAGGAGAUAGCAGAAGACAUGCUACUUUGUGAAUGCUUUGAAUCAGUUGACAUCCCUGAAGAAGGCUUUUUGCCUGAAAUGUGUUUGGCUUCAGCAGCUCUGAUUUCUAUUUCAAGAAGCUAUUCUACUCAGAGGUGUGUGUGUGUCAUGAUUCCGUGGGAGUGCAGAAUAGGUGCAGAAUGUGGUAUUAGCUGCAGAAUUUAAUUUCCUAAGAAUCUCAAGGUAAUUUUAGAAGUGAAUCCACCAUUGAAACACACUCAUUUCUGGCCAUAUGUGCAACUUUCUCCACUGGAUCGAGCUCAGAGGUGGCCUGUUCUGGUUUGCUGUCAAAGCAGGGUUUGCAUAGUGCUGAUUUGUUAGCCAUUGUAUCAAUCAAAAAGCCACCUCCUACUUAAUUGGAGUGGGAUUGCACAGCUCUGUUUGACUGGUCCUUGCAUCAAUUACAAAAUCACCUCUCCCUUCUUAGACUUACACAGUGCUGAUUGGCUGGCCCUUGUCAAUCAUGAAGCCCCGCUCCCUUUCUCAAAAAAGUUUGUAUAGGAUUAAAAAAAUGUGUAAAAAAUGUAUUAGAACUUUUUUAAAAAAGUGCAAUGCAGUUCAACCUCCCUUCUAAAACACAGAGCACAUGGGAGGGGGGUUUGCAAAUAGCCAAUCAGGAUUCCAUCCAGAACCUAUACAUCUGUUGAUGUGCAGAGUUUGUUCUGUAGCAGACAAACAUUGCACCUGUCCUGUUUGCAAGUAUAUCUGUAUGCAACCUCAGCUGUCAUUUGAAACAAAGCAAGUUUCUAGCCCUUAUGGCUGCAGACCAUGAGAAGCAUGAGGCAGUAGCUAUUGACAUCUCUGAAUUGAGGGUAGUGGCUGGUUAUGAUUUCUGGUGGCCAGAGAGUGAGGCUUGGAACCCCAUGAAGCUUUUUGCCCUUUUCUAUUACUAGCUGAAUAAAUUAUUGUGCAAAUAAGAAAAAUCAAGCCAAAUUCCAUCGUUUAUACUGAUUGCAAAAUUCACCUUUUUAAAAUAUUUGUUGUUGUUAUGUGCCUUCAAGUCGACUACGACUUAUGGCGAUCCUAUGAAUCAGUGACCUCCAAGAGCAUCUGUCAUGAAUUUUUUUAUAUACAGAAUUCUUAAUCUUGUUUAGCACAUGUAUGUAUUUUCCAGAAUCAGUUGAGAGUUUCCUUUUCAACAGGGGUGGCCAAAGACAUUUUGCUGCCUGAGGCAGAGCAGAAACACCCCUUGCCCCCCAAAUCAAUAGUACUCAAGGCUAGUUGAGUUAUUUUGGCAUCCGAGGCAGAAAUUCCUCAAAGUGCCCUGGCAGUAAAAAUACCAAAAUACUAAAUUAAGUGACCAACAAUUUGCAGCCCUUUUUUGACAUCAGCUGGUGGCUACCUCCCUCUGUGUAAUGGUAGGGCCGGCCCUUCUCUUUACUGCUGAUAAGGGCAGCAUUAUAACUCAGUGAUAGAAUGCAUGGAACCUAGGAGGUUGCCUUACCCUGAGUAACCACACUGGUCCAUCUAGCUCAGGAGUGGCUCUCCAGGGUCUCAGACAGGGAGCCUCUCCCAGCUCUACCUGGAGAUGUAAGGGAUUGAACCUAGGACCUUCUGUAUGCAGGUCAGAUGAUCUGCCACUGCCCUACAGCCCUUCCCCAAUGGGCGGAGACCUCCAACAACACCGGUGUCAACUCUGGGCAGUUUUGUUCAGGCUGGCAGCAACGUUUCCAAGCUAGUCAGAUUGGCAAUGUUAGGCUGAAGCAGGCAUUGCAGCAGAAGCAGCCACUAACAGUAUUCCUUCUUUUCCUUUCACUCAUUUGAAGGAAAUACUCCAGAGUACCCGCAUGUCAACAUUGAUUUCAGAAGUAAAAUUACUUGAGUUGACACCUCUCAAGUGCUGCCUGCUGUGAGGGAUAUGUUACAUUUAUUUAUGCUUGUUCUUUGCUUUGCCUUAUGGUUUUGCCUUCCCUCUUGUCUUAGCCCUAACUUCUCCACUGGAGAAGCAACUGGGCAGCAGGCAAGUGUUAGUUGUUUUGUUUCGUUUCAAAUGCAGACUAUCCCUUAGGAUACAAACUGAGAAGUGCGUUUGAGACUUCACAAACCAAGAUGGCAAAAUCCCAUUGGUUGCAUCCAACUAAAUUCUACUCGCCAUAGACCCAUCAGAAUUAAUAGACCUAAGUUAGUCAUAUCCAUGAAUUUCAAUAGGUCUACUUUGAGUAGAACUAACAUGGGAUACAACCUUCUCUCUCCAGAUGUCAGAUUACUAUUAUCGUCGUCAUCACUGUUACUAAUUUUUUUAAUGGCCUUUUACACAAUCGUCUCAAGGAGAUGUAGAAUAAAAACAGCAAAAAACAGUAAAAAGACACAGAUACAUUUUAAACAAAACAAAAACAAUACCACGUAGACACCCAUGAAAGAGACUCAUUCAUCCAGCUGGGAAAGCCUGUCGGAACAAAAAUGUCUUUAAUCGUUUGCAGAAAGUGGAGAUGGAGCACGCUUAUUGUAUCUCGGAGGGAAUGCUAUUCCACAGGACUGGGCAGCCACCCUGAGAGCCCUGCUCUGAGUUACUGUGGAGCAGGCUUCUGAUCUUCGGAACUUGCAGAGACAUUCUCCACAGUGACCUCUUGGGGUUUUACAGGACAUGACGCAGUCUUGGAAGCUGAGCUUGUGUCUUGCAAUGCGCAACAUCAGGAUGGUGAACCAUGUAUCUGUGUCAGAAGGAGAGCCAAUAGGGAAAAGCUCUGCAUCUGUCUGUUGUUCAAGGCAGCAAGCAUCCUAUCAGCUUCCAUUCAUCAUGCCUUCAGAUGGAUGCAUGCCGGCUGGGCCUUGCCCCAGUCGUUAUAAACUGGCAGUUGCUCAGAUGAUUUCUGCCACUGUAACCAGCUGAGUUCAGACAUUGGGCCAAGUCAUAUAGGGGAGCAUAUCUGGUUUCAUUUCCUGUCUGCACAGCACUCCCACUUAUAUGGUGCUGCAACUUCCAAGGUGCAGCGAUGGCCGGGACAAUGGUUUGUCAAGACAGACGUCACACCUAUUGAUAGUUGGCACACACCCAUGCUUUGCAAACGUGUCAAGCCAUGAAUUGCAUGGGGUCUAUGACAACAAAGUCAGGCCAUGCUGAAUGUUGGUCCUUCACACUUCUUCUUUUUUUAUAUAAAAAAUAUAGGCUUUAACCAGUGCUACUAUAGCCCUCCUCAGGGUAGAAAUUAAUGAACACGGCUAAUUUAGGUUCAUUAAUUUUAGUGGGGCUGCUCUGACUAUGGCUAGUAUUGGAUACAACUCUUUUUGCAAAUAUAACAAAAAUAAAUAAAUGGCCAGCUGAUAUUGACCAUAAGAAUAUUGUAUCAAUCCUAAAUUAAAUGUAUACAUUCGUAUAGGCAGUUCAUAUGUCCAAACAGUAUCUGAAUGAGAUUGAUGAUUAUAAGCCAUGCCUUCAAAUGCAGAAAGGGCAGUUCUCCCUCGCGCUUGAGGGCGAGCCCCCUCCCCAGACAUGUCAACACCCUGCUGUAUCCUAAAUUCAGUUUUUUGGCUGGGCCCCAUUGUUAAUUCACGGGUGACCUGGAUUGGUAGGCCAAAUGUUGAUUUUGCCCAGGCCAGGAGCAAGCAGGUGAUCAACAUGACUUUUUGCAUGGCUACUGCAUGGGAACAUUGUCACGAAAGUAGGCGCAGGGGAUGAAAGCCAGGUCCUUUGAAGUAAAGAGUUUGGCCCACAAUAAUUUGGUAAAAUGAUCCAGGUGGCUGACGCUAGGUGAACCAAGCUACCGGUAGAGAUGGGGGAGCCAUUUGGUCCACAUUUUAACGUGGGCAUACCUACUUUGUACUCCCCCAAACAAUACAUGGGCCUAACUGCAGCUGUCUUUUGAAACCCUCGCUUCUCCAAAUUUUGCGAUGCCGUUCUCCAACCCAAAACAUAUAUAAGGGGCAAGUACAUACACACAUUUGUAUAUUGAUGAAGCUAACGUUAAACAUGCAUUAUAUUAGGGGGGCUGGCUUGCACAAAUGCAUAUACGAGACAAAAAAGUGUGUGCAAAAUACAUAUAUUAGGAGAAAUGGACACAAGUCUGGUGUACAGAUUUUUGUGCAAGCUUUUCUAUACAUAAAAAACCACCUUUACACACUGAUGUGGAAAUGGUGUGAACUGAACUUAAGACUGGAAAAAUUAGAAAUAAAUAUUGAUAGGUUUGUCUGUCCCUAGCUGGAGGUACGAGACGAGGAACAUUCCUCCCCUGCUUCUACACUGCUAUGCAAUCUUACCCAGGGAGACACUUUCCCCAAACCCUGCCUGUGGCCUUCAGUGCUGAUUGACUCAACCACUUUGAGCUUGGGGUUCCCACCAACUUAAUAAGAACUGGUGUUAAAGUGCUGCUGUGGAUAUUACAUACAUGAUUUGUUGCACAGACAUUGCGCUGCCCCACACUGCAAAAAUGAGGGAACACCCACACCUCCAGCUGGUUCCCCUUCCAUCUGGCAAGAACGGAAGAAAAAGGUUGCAAGGAACACUUUGCAAAUCAGGGGCAGUGGAUGUUGAAGCACAGCGUCUGAAAAUUCAAAGUGUCCUGGGGAUGGGCACUGCCUCUGUCUAGAUCUCCUACUUCAGUUGCAGCUGAUAACUGAAAUAGACAGGAACCUAGGGACCACGGCCUCUAAGAGCCUAGCAACAAUGGGGCACAGAGCUCCAAAGUGGCGAGAGAGGGUGUCGUUUACAGGGGAGAAGCAAUUAAGCUUUUGUAACUCCAGUCCUCAGCUCAGAUUCCCAGACAAAUGUUUGACACAUUGGGAUGAAAAAGGUUGGAGGUGGGGAAGAGAUGGCCAGAUAAGAGGUUGAGUACCCAUCACUUUUUCUAUGUAGACAUAUGUGCUAUCACCACCUAGUAUCCUUAGCUGGUGGGUCUCAUGGCCAAUGAUAAUGUGUGCCACAGUUGGUGUCUACCAUCUUAGUUUUCUCAAAAUAACAUGUCCCAGAACUGCUGUUGCUCCGUAGUAUUGUGGGUUAAAUAUAUAUAUAUAUGGGUGUUAUGCUACCACAAAAACAUGGUAGCUCCUACUGGCAGGCACCACGUUUUUGUGGCAGGAGCCAUUUUAUUUGCUACAGAGCAAUGGGAAUGUCAAAGCAUUGCAUUUUGGGAAAACUAGGAUGGAGGACAUGAACUGCAGCCACCAGGGGCCCAACAGAUGACACCCUUCCAAGGACCUCCCAGUUGGGUUUAGUUUAGAUUAUUAAAUGUAUUUAUUGCAUCACACAACCAACAGGAGUCUCAAGGCAAUUCACGAGAAAUGUAAUAUACAAAAUUACAUAAUAAAAUAUCAGUAAAACCCAAUGGAAAUAUACUAAAAGUGUUCGUCCAAAAUCCCCCAGAACAAGAAUGUUCACCCACACCCAACAGAAGAACAGAUGGCAGAAACAGCCACUAUAAGCCAGACAUUAAUACUGUUCAAAUGCCAGAGAAAAUAAAAACAUUUUUGCCUAGCUAAAUUCGAGGUGUCGGUUCAUCCCCUCAUUAAUCUGAGUGAUCACUGCAUUCUGCAGAAGAGGGCCUCUUGCCGAUACCAUCUCAUCAGGAAGUCCAUUCCAUACGAUGUCUGAAUUGGGCCUCUAGUGUGGUGUCACCUAACCUUGGGAACUCCCUGCCAUUAAAUAUCACACAGGCACCAUCUCUAAUGUCUGUUUUUGAUACCUGUUGAAGACCAUCCUUUUCCAAGCCUUUUAAAUGGAGUUUUUUUUUUUUUAUCCCAGUCUGUAUUGGACUUGAAAACAUUUUAUGCUUUUAUCAUUAAAUCAUUUCAGGAUGUUUUAUGGGCAGACAUUCAUAAAAUAAAUAGAGUUGGUGCCAGACAAGCUUCCCUGGACAGAGCAAUUCCAUAACUGUGUAGCAGCAAAGGCUGGCCUAUUAGGGCAAAUGGGGCACUGCCCCACUAACUUCAGUCUCCACUAAGUCCCCAUCUACUGAUCUAUUAACAUCCAGUCCAGGGGUGGUCCUGGCUGUCCUCCUCCUCCUCCUCAGUCUGUGUUGCCCUGUAGAACUCAGCAGUGAAGAGGAUGGGGGCAAAACUAGGAUCAGUUGUCUCUGCUUGUCAUUGGCUCAGGCUUCACCAGUCGCAAUGGACACCAGCCGUCACUGCCUUAUAGCCAAACGUGCUUGCAGAUGGCGCCGUCGUUCUCUGUGCUGCUUUGCAAUUGUUUGGCAGAGACUGAAGUCUGCUGAUGGACCAGACUGAUGAUCCAAUCGAGCAGAGCUUUUCACCAGUGUGGUAGACUACGCCUGUAAUGAGAUGAAUUAGAAUGUCUCAGGUGAUAAGUUUUUCUUUUCCUGUGUUUUGUGUGCAUUUCAUUUUAGAACACUUUCACCUUUCCUCCACCCUACUGAUGUCAAGGGUGUUAAUGGUGCUUUAUUUUUGCAGUCAUGGUUCCUGUUUAGAAAGCCAAAACAGCUUCUUGACAUGUUCAAAUAUCAGGUGUAGCUUUCACACAGAAAUGGGACCCCAUACUGGGUCUACUUUUCUGGUGCACUCUGGCACAUGCAAUCACUAAUGCUUUAAAAGGAAAUAUGAUGGGGGGGACUUUUCUGUAUCUGACAAAACGAUAUCCACUUCCUUUAUUUGGAGACACCUGACUUCUUUGUUCACUGGGGCACGCCUGUUUUUCAAUGUAUCACAGCAAAUCAAGAGAAUUAAUGGGACUUCAGCAAAGAGGAUUUUGUACAUGUUUAUAUGUAUCUGUCAGAAAGGCAAACGUUCAUUGUGAUUCUACUUUGUAAGGAGUUUCAAAUACA